AUGAAGGAAAUCCGCGAUAGCCAACAGAAUCAUUCGAUCAAAGCCAUGUUCUGGAAAGAAAAGACAGAAUACACGCCUCUACUUGACGACUAUAGCGAGAAAUAUUACGAUAUUGACAAACCCGAUAACAUGGACAGCCUUCAGCAGCCCCGCUGGCUGCGCUGGGCAACCGCAAUAGAAGACUCCGUGCCAAUAACCGUAUGCUCAAUACUACACACACAACUCAAGCUUCACAGGACUUCCCGAAAAGAAAAGGCCACCUGGAAAUCGAUGAAAAAAGCCGACAAUGAAGGUGUAAAAAGACUCACAGAGAAGGCUUUGGAUCUGAACAAAAAAUAUUGGAUGCUCAAUGGAAGUUGGUGCACGCUUCGAGACAAAAUAAAGCUGAAAAAUGAUAGACUGGCGAAGGCGGCGGAUCUAUGCCGAUGCAAUCCGAAAGCGCUGCUGCAUCGAAACUGGAGUGAUAAGGUGAUUGAUAAAGAAAAAGGAUACGAAGCGGACUCUGAGCGCUCUUCCGACCAUGGUAAGGUCCCAGGGCAGGAAUCUGCCCUUGACCAUUGCCCUUUAUCAUGGCACCGUUGCGAGAGUGUCUAG